AUGGGCAUUGUCUGUGCACAAUGUUCCUUUAUUCUGCUGCUGUCCAUAAUGAGAACUCAUCCACCUCACUUCCUCUUCUGCCCAUUGAGCAGUCGAAGAGCUGAAAGUCCUUAUAAGCCUGUGCACCUGGGCCUGGGCCCUACAGAUAAGGUAGCUGCUAUUGCUAUGGCCCGCAUCAUCGACCUGGUGCCCUGGGACGAUGGCUCCACACAUGUGUAUGCCUCCCCGGCCAUCCUGCUUCCUGUGGAGCGGCAGCGCAACCAGCUGGCGGGCGUGAAGCAGCAGCUCUACCACCCAGCCCUGCCCACCCUGCGCCACAUGGACAGGGACACCGUCAAGGCCUGCCUUCCUGAUGAGCACUGCCAGUCCACCACCUACUGCCGCAAAGAUGAGUUUGACAAUGCCCAUUUUACACUCCUUGGGGUCCCCAACAAACCCCUGCAGUGUUUGGACAUCACCGCGGCAGGCCAGAAGCUCCGCAACAGGUACCACGAGGGAAAGCUGGCGCCCAUCGCGCCGGGCAUCAACCGAGUGGACUGGCCCUGCUUCACGCGCGCCAUCGAGGACUGGUCUCACUUCGUGUCCUCGGCUGGGGAGUUCAAGCUGCCUUGCCUGAGCAAGCGAGUGGAGGGUCUCAGCGGCUACGCGGUGCGGUACUUGAAGCCGGACGUGACCCAGAGCUGGCGGUACUGCCUCAACCAGAACCCCAGCCUGGACCGCUACGGACAGAAGCCCCUGCCUUUCGACUCCCUGAACACUUUCCGAAGCUUCGGCUCCAGCUACAGUCGUGUCAACUAUCUGACCCCCUGGCAUUAAUCUCUGGAAAGGAGGCUGACUCCUAGGCUGCCGGACGGUGCCACCUCAGGUCCCCUGGCCCGACCGAGGACUUAUGGUGGCACCAGCCAUCUCCCCAGGAGUUCAGCCUACUAGAAAUAAACCUAAUGCUUCCUUAGAGAGACAUGCA